AUGGUUGGAACCAGAGCAGACAACGGGGAAAGGUGGGGAGGAGGGGAAGGAACUGAUCCACCUUGGAAGGGUCAGUGUUUUGGACAUCGUCUUUCUUCCAGGGCUGAAAGAACCCUAGGCAACAUACUCAAGAGCAAAGGAUGGAGGAGAUCAAGCUAUGUCAUCACCACCAAGAUUUUUUGGGGAGGACAGGCAGAAACCGAGCGAGGCUUGAGCCGCAAACACAUCAUCGAGGGCUUGCAAGGAUCCCUGGAGCGCCUCCAGUUGGGAUACGUGGACAUCGUCUUCGCCAAUCGCUCAGACCCCAAUAGUCCCAUGGAGGAGAUUGUGCGAGCCAUGACCUAUGUCAUUAACCAGGGCCUGGCCCUCUACUGGGGGACAUCCCGGUGGGGAGCUGCAGAAAUCAUGGAGGCCUACUCCAUGGCCAGACAGUUCAAUCUGAUUCCUCCAGUGUGUGAGCAAGCGGAGCACCAUCUGUUUCAGAGAGAGAAGGGGGAGAUGCAGCUGCCAGAGCUCUACCACAAGAUUGGUGUUGGCUCAGUCACCUGGUCCCCUCUGGCCUGUGGCCUCAUCACUAACAAGUAUGAUGGGCGAGUCCCAGAUACCUGCAGGGCCACCAUCAAGGGCUACCAGUGGCUCAAGGACAAAGUGCAGAGUGAGGGUGGCAGGAAGCAGCCACAAGCCAAAGUCAUGGACCUUCUUCCCAUGGCUCACCAGCUGGGCUGCACCGUGGCGCAGCUUGCUAUUGCGUGGUGUCUCCGCAGCGAGGGUGUCAGCUCGGUCUUGCUGGGGGUGUCAAGUGCAGCGCAGCUGCUGGAACACCUGGGAGCCCUGCAGGUGCUGAGCCAGCUGACGCCACAGACGGUGAUGGAGAUAGACGGGCUUCUGGGGAACAAGCCGCCUUCCAAGAAAUAGUCCGUCGGGGGCGCAGGGACCCACACCGGGCCGGCCGCCCCCGCCGAGAACCGCGGCCCCGCCGCCGUCUCCCUCCCGCCCCGGAUCCCUCCACGCCGCGGCCGCAGCCGGGGAGGCCCCGCCCACUAACGAGUCCCGGCUUCGAGUAGCGAUGCGCAUGAACAAAGCCAUAUAUCCUCCCGCAGUGGGGCUCGAGAGGGAAAGUAGUGCGCCGCCCCUCUCCGUGCGCUCCUCCGGGCCUUCGUGCUAAUCCCGGGCAUGAACCACCGGGCCGGCCCCUCUCUGCCCCUUGGUCUCUCUUCCCCUAAUCGCCGAGGCCCAGAGGAAAGCAAAAAAACAGGGCAGAUACAGGAAACAUGCACGUUACCUCAAAGGUGGCCCUUGAGAUGUCAUCAAGGGGUAAUAACCUAAUAAGAAGGGAGUAGUGACGUCAUCUGGGACAAAGGCACUGGGGCUUUUAUUCGGUACAAAGGAAGCCAGGCUGGUCCUGGCAGGAAGUAAAUGGUAGUCUUUGAGGACCCUGCCUCCCAGCAGAAGGUGGAGGGGCGCUCAAAUAAAAAAGUGUCAAUACUUUGUUCUUGCAAGGAAGGGGGUGGGGGGCGCGGAGAACGCAGUGACACAGCACUGACGCGGGUAAAGGGAAGUGUGCUGGCAAAGCGGUUGGGGCGGCCUUGGGGAAAAGCUGGGCUGUGCUUUGCAGGACACGGUGACAGCCUUUAGGUCGCGGUGGAGACCUGGGGCUGGGUUGAAAAUGGUUGGGGAUAGACUUUUGAGCCUGGAGCAGGAUCUCCUACCUAGCAGUGGAGGGCUGCAGUCUUCCUCCUGGCAAUAAUCUUAAAGCAAUAAUGCCGGCCCCUCUUCUGUAAGACGUCUCCCAGGGAACUGUAAAUAAAAUCUCAGCUUGAUCCUCA